ACAUCUUUUUACUGGCAGCUGCAGCAGCAAAUUUAUUUUAAAGCACAGUGGAACGAGUAAACCUGUGUGAAACUCGCACACGCACAUUACAAUAUACAAUAUAUAUUUAAAGUAUCUUCCAAUCACGGUGUGACAUAACCUGCUGGCCAACGUGCCACUGCCUGCUUUUUGCUUUAUGGCGAAUUGAGUCGGCGAGGUUCGACCUACGACUUGCGCCUUAACCAUGUUAAUAACAUAUUUUUGGAAUAAUUGGAAGUACAGCAAUGCCCCGGAGGGCAAGCAGCCGUUUGAAAAGAUAGUUGGACUGACGAAAUAUGGAUUCGCCGCUAGUCUCGGGGUGGGCAUAUACGAUUCCAUACUCCUCUCUCAGACAGCGGGCUUCUGGAGUACAGCAAAUUGCCUGUCCUACUGGGUAGUACCUGUCACUGCCAUGUGCGCCACCUUUGCCUCCGUGGCGUACACGACGACGAAACUCCGGGGGAAAGACGGCUAUCUCAGUUACAUUCUAGCCUCAUUAGCCACAGGUGGAAUUUGCUAUCGUUGGCAGAAAGAUGGUAAAUUCGCUUAUCAAUUUACAGUUAUAUUGUUAGCGUUGUCCGCGAUCAAGAAGUAUGGCGAUUUGAACAACUGGAAUCCUCUCCCAAUACGUGAAAAGGAUGUAAGGGUGCGUCAACAAUUCACCACUUUCCCUUGGGACUUUACCCUUGUUAAGGAUCCUAGGGGACGUAGACCCUGGGAAUAAAGAUAUUUCAUGUACAGAAAAGAAAAAAGAUUAGUACCAUUGAUAUGUACAAGUUAAAUGGGGUCAAGUCUUAUUGUAUAAUCGAUGAUACAAGAAGAUAUGAAAUACAUAGCUUUCGCUUUUAUCAUGUAUUUAUUAGAUUAUAGUGCAGGAAAUAAAAAGGAUUGUAAAAAGAUGUUGUAUUAC